AUGAAUUUAGUACAUUUUGAUUCGUUAUGCAAUGACUGCUGUUUCUCAAGAACAUUGGAAGUAAUUACUGUUUUUAAGUUUAUAGAGUAAAUAAUUAGCUGAAUAAUAAAUUUAUCAGUUCAUCGAAGAUAUAAGAAAUAUUGAUUUUUUAUGUCAGAUUAUACAAUAAACUCAGUCAGGUUCAACUUUGUUUGUGAUUUCAGAAUAUAUAGCUAAAAUUGUAGUUUCUGAAAGGUCUUUCAAAGGAUUAUAAUCUUCUGAUCGUAGUUUAUCAGAAGGGUAAUAAAUAGUGGGAUAAUUCUAAAAUUUAGAAGAAAAUGAUGUGUUAUCUAAAAAAUGUAGAGUGUAUGAAACAUUAGUUUAAUUAUUUUGUACAAGUCUUUAAAAGCAAUAAGAAAAUCAUGUAUAAAAUUCAAUCUGUAAUUUGGUGGGUUUGUUAAUUUAGCAAAUAAUAAUGGUAAGUUGUAAUCAAUUCUCAAAGUUCAAGUUAGUUUUUAACUCUUUUUUUUAAGGGAAUCAAACUUACCUUCUUUCUAUAGGUUUGAAAUUAGUUUAACAUGUAUUAUAAAAUUUACAACUUUAUUCAUCAUAUGAUUCUUAUGUAUCAUAUAGGAAAAUUAUGUUUUAAUUUUAAAGUAGUGAUAUUUUAGAUUUUAUGUCUACAGUUUGUACAGUUUUAAAAUAAUGUGCUUCAAAUCUCUAUAAACCAGCUUUAGCAUCACUUAGAGAUAUUUUAAUGUUCAAUUUUAAUGUUAGUUACUUUGAAUUAGAAUCUGAUUUUGAUCCUAAUGAUUAAAAUAACGUUAGUGUAAAUUAAUAUAUUAUUUACAUAGUUUCCAGAAAGAUUUGCUGAAUUUUUUAAUGAUAGGUAAUUGGUUGAAUUGUUAUUUAAGAUUGUAGCAUCAUAUAGUUCAACUGAUUCAUCUUUAGCUUUGUUAGCAUUAAAAUCAUUAAAAAGAAUGGCUUCAUCUAAGAAGAGAAUUUUUAAUGAGAAAAUUAAAAAAAGAUUAUUUGCUAAAGAAAUGUAUUAAGGUUGUAUUUUCCUUUUUGAGAAAGUAUAAUAAGCUAAUGAAGAAAUAAUAAGUGAUAUUCUUGAAUUAAAUACUAAAUUAAAUAAUUGUUUUGGUUUAAGAUAGAUUAGAUUUGAUUUUACAUUUAGUUAAUAAUGGUUAUAUUGUUUAUAAACAUUUUGUAUUUAAAUAUUACAAAAAUAAAUGAAAAUUAAAGAUCCUCAUAUGUAUUAAAUGAUAGAAUUAAUGAAGAAAUUAGUCAAAUUUAUAACUGAUUUUAAAUUGGAUAUUACAUUUAAAUAAUCAAUCUCAAAAUCAAUAUCUGAAAUAAGUAAAUCUAUUAUUCAUUUAUUAUUGAAUUCUCAAAAUUCCUUUUUUUAAGGUUACACACCUUAAAAUCAUAAAAAAUUGAAACAUACUUUAAAAGAAUUUUUUGAAAAUCUAUUUCCAAUUUUAUCUAUAGAUUUAACAACUCAUAUAAAGAUGAUUUAUCAUUCUUUUAAAAAUGCAGCAUAAGAUUAAGAAAAAUUCAUUAUUGAAUUAAGUUUAAUUAAUUAUAUUGUAAUAAAUCCAUAAAUUUUAGAAAAAAACAAUGAAGAAAUAGUAUAAAUGAUAUAAACUGUAAUUAAAGAUUCAUUAACCUUUCUAUAAGUUUCUACUCAUAAUUUACCUCCCUUAGUUAUUAUGUCUGCAAUGUCUUUAGCAGAUAAUUUAUUUUAAUUUGCUCUUAGUGAAUCAGAUGAAUCAAUAGGUAGAUAAAGGUCUAACAAAGCAUUUUUUGAUAAUUUUAUUAAACCAAUUCAAAUUUAACCAUAAUAAGCUACUAAUUAAUUAUUAUAAUUCAUAAUUUUAUAAUUAUAAAUUGAGAACAAAGAAAUAAUAGAAUAUGCUUUAGUAAUUAUGAAAGAAACAAUAGUUCGAUUAAAACAUCAUUUAUAUAAUGAAGCCUUUUAAAGUUCAAAUGUUGUAACAUAAAUUAAAAGUGUUUUAUUAAAUCUAAAAAAUACUGCUUUAUAGAAGGAUACAUUUUUAAGUUGUAGAACUUUAGCCUCUGAAAUUUUAUCAAUAUUAUUAUUUGACACAGCCUAUGAGAAUUAUAUUGAAUCAAUAAUUUAAUUAAAUUAAUUUUUGACGAUACAACCAACAUAAUAAUCAAUUUUAAUAUAUUUAUAUGAAAUGCUAGGUUAUUUUAGACAUGUAGAUACUAGCAAAAUAUUUAGACUUCUUAUUAAAUAACAUUUAUUAAAAAUAGCUGAAUUGACAAGAUUUAUUUUAAUUGAUAAUCCUUAACAAUUUUAAAUGUGUAAAUUAUGUUUAAAAUUAAUGGUUGCAAUAACUGAGAAUAAAAGUUUAAGAUAUUAAUAUCAUAGUUCUUCUGUUGUUUAAAUUGAAUUAGUCAGAACAUUUCAAGGUAUUUUAGCAAGUUAUUUGUAACAUUUAAUAAAUGCUAUACAAGAUGAAAAAGUAAAAUAGGAAUUUUCAGCAGAGAUUUGUAGAUUAGUAGGAUUAAUAUUUAAAAUUAUGAAUAAUAUUUUAAAAGGUAAAUAUAUUUCAUAAACAUGUUAAUUACUAUUUGCUGAUAGAAAAUAUUUAGACUUACUUAUAACUGCAUUAGAUAUUACAUCAAAAAUCUCUAAUUAUAUUAUUGUAUUUAUAUAUAUAUAUAUAUUAGAUGUACAACAAAACUUGUUUAUAAGUAGUAUAAGUAUUGUAAGUAGUGAGUUCAUCACAAUUAUAAUUAUUUGAAUUGAAUCCACAAUCAUUGACUACUUUAAUGGUUAUUAUUGAAAGUUUAUAAAAACACUUAUUACGUUAAUUAUCACAAGAAUAUAAGACUUCAACAAUAUCUACAUAUCAUUAACCAUUAGACAAAAUUACUUUGGAUCAUACAACAGAUAUAGUUUUAUCAAUUUUAGAAUUUGUAUCAGAAGAAUAGUAAUUGACUUAAAUGGGCAUAUUAUAAUCAUUUGUUUAACCUUUAGAUGGUAUUAUUGAACUUGUUUUGUAAGAAUUAUUAUUAUGUUUAAUAAAAGGUUAAUGUUCAUAACAAACAAACAUCAAAAUAACAAGAUAGAUUUUUGCUAUUAUGUGCACUUUUUAAUAAGUUUUUGUUUCAAUUUUAAGCAAAGUCUUACUGAGAUCUGAUUAAUAAUUAGAUCCUUCAUAAUUAUAGAUUUUAACAUAAGAUCUAGAUCUAAGAAUCAAACAAUAAAAUGAAGACUAAUUUAAAAAAAACUUCAAUCUAUUUAUGAAAUAAUUUGGAAUUUGA